AGUUGCCGUAGGUCGAACUGCUCGCUCGCGAGGCCGAGGUCGAGGCUGUCUCUAAUUCUCGAUCCGGAUCGACAUUCGACCCGACUCCCGUACCACAAUUUCCAGCUAGCGACUUGAUUUGUUUGGCGCCGCACAACCCAAGAAAUAUGGAAGAUUCAGUUACAAUGGAAGAAACGAGCGAUAAUGAAGACUCGACAGAGCUUUCAUCUUCCUCAAUGGGCUUCACGAUCCUACCAGAAAGACAGGCGAAGGUCGCGACCCUCGUCAGUAUGAUCGAGAAGACGGAAAAGGACAAGGACACAGUGAAAGAGAAGGUGGUCAAGACGGACAAAAAGCCCAUUGAGAGUGGACCAGGAGGGCCCUUCCUGGAUGAGAACGGGGAACCUAUUCUAUACUGUCUUUGCAGGAGUUUUGAUUGCUCACAGUUCAUGAUAGCAUGUGAUCAUUGUGAAGAAUGGUAUCACGGAAGAUGCGUCGGUGUGGAGGAACCUGCUGCUAAGUACAUCCUCAAGUAUGCCUGUCCACCGUGUAGAGAGAAAACUCCAGGUCUGUCGGUUAUCUACAAGGAAAGGAAGGAGAAGAAAGAACGGCCCAAAUUGGACAACAAGCCAAGCGGGAAGAAGAUCAAGAAGAAGAAGAAACAGCUCCUGAAAGAGAAAAAGAUGAAGAUGAAGUUGAAGAAGGAGAGAGAAAAGAAGAAGAGACGUAAGAAGCUGAAGAUGAUGAAGAUGAAGGAGAAGAGUAGUGCAGCGAGUGGCGUUGGAACAGGUGCCUCUGAGGCUGAUGCAUCCGGGGACUAUUCACCCGCUUCUUCUGGUCAAAAACUCACUAGGCCACAACUGAGAGCCAAUAGGAGAUGUGGUGAAUGUGAAGCUUGCAAGAGGAUUGAAGAUUGUGGAAAAUGUGACUUUUGCUUGGACAUGAAAAAAUUUGGAGGACCAAAUAAGAUUAGACAGAAGUGUCGCUUAAAGCAGUGUAUACACAGAGCCAGUAAAAGUUUUUUGAGACCACAGCAGACAAGGAAGAGCAAGAAAUAUGAUUCAGCGACAAGCCAGGAUACAGAUAUAGAAAUCAUGUUUCAGAAUCGUUCCAAUUCUGUGCAAUUGUUGAAUCACCAUGACUACGCAAUGCGACCCGAGUUUGACCCUGAUCCAAUGAUACCAACGCCAGAAGAGGAGGAACUGGAAAGAAAGAUGAAAGAAAAGAGAAAGGAAGCGAUCCAGGAAAAGAAAUUGAAGAAAAAGAAGUUGAAGAAGGAAAAAGAACAGAAGAAGGCACAAAAGAAGAAGCAGAAGGAGGAAGAGAGAAAGAAGAAGAAACUGAAAAAGAAGGUCAAGGUGAAGAAAGUCCAACGUGAGCUGAGAAAGAGGACAGCCGGUGGAGCAGUGAAGCAGACUCAAAGAGGUACUAAAAACUUGAAGGAUCUGAAGCAGUGCUGCGGACCAGGAUGUGUUCAACCUGCCAGAGCAUUCAGUAAAUACUGUAGCGAGGAGUGUGGACUCAAAUUGGCUACAAAUCGCAUCUUUGAGCUCCUUCCUCCGCGGAUCCAGCAGUGGCAGCAGAGCCCCUGCGUUGCUGAGGAGAACAACAAGAAGAGCCUGGAACAGAUGAGGAACGAGAUGAUGAAUGUCAAGCACAAGAUUGCCGAGCUGGAUGAGAAAAUCAAGAAACUCCAGCUGAUCAUCGUCAAGGCCAAGAGUGUGCCCAUCAAGAUAGAACAAGAUAGUACAGACAAUGAGGAAGAAGCAGAGGCUAGUGUGAACUGUGUCACCUGUGGGCAUUCCAUCAACCCCACUAAGGCUCUUAUGCAUAUGAGCAAGUGCUUUAGAAAGUAUGAAAGCCAGACAUCUUAUGGAUCUGCUUAUCAAACAAGAAUAGUUGGGGAAUCAAUGUUCUGUGAUUACUACAAUGCACAGCAAGGAACCUACUGUAAAAGGCUGAAAGUGUUAUGUCCUGAACACACAAAAGAACCAAAGGUCAGUGAAAAGGAAGUGUGUGGCUGCCCAUUAGUAGCAAAUGUAUUCAAGGAAACGGGUGAAUUCUGCCAUUUGCCCAAGCGAAAGUGUACUAAGCAUCAUAACUGGGAAAAGCUCAGACGAGCAGAGAUUGAUCUGGAAAGAGUGAGAUGGUGGUUGAGACUUGAUGACCUGCUUGAACAAGAGAGAAACGUGAAGACAGCGAUGACGAACCGUGCUGGAGUGCUUGGCUUGAUGCUUCAUCAAACUAUCGAUCACAGUCUUAUGAGACAGGUCUCUUCACAUCCACAGACAGAUGCCUCCGUCAAGUAGGAAAUACCUGGAGACGAAAAACUAAAAAUAAUUUGAGCUGAUGAAUCUCUUAAAAGCCACUUGGGAAGCAGCUUUCACGGGCAGUGGAUUAAUAUUUGCUGACCCAAGACUUUGUGAAAAGCAUUGGAAAAACCUGAAACAGAGACAUCUUUGGGGACAGCAAACUCGGUCUACCAGUAUGAAAUUCUUCAGCCAAUCCUAUUGUGGACGAGCCGUGGUGUAGUGGUUCUGACUCUCACCUUGUAAACAGAGCAUGCUAUGGGGUCCUUACGACAUUCAGAUUCAAUAAAUAUGUAAGGAUGAAUAUCUCAUCAACAGUUUUGUCUGGCAAGUUCUCGGAUCUGACAACUCUCCUUUAGUUUUACUGGCUGAGUAACACAGUUUCUACGGUAGCUUUCAGAUCAAGUAGACUUUGAUGUGGAAGAGGUUCAUCGUGGUGAAGGAUUGAGUAGAAGAAAUUAACCAGUUGUCUCACGAUGUAGCAAACGUAGUGCGAAAGCGACGUUUCGUCUGCAAGCUGCUAGACUUCGUCAGGCAAUGAGCAAAGACGCUGCUGCGCACGGGUUAUAUAGCGUCGGGAGCUAUUGUCUGGCUCCACUCGGGCGUGAGCCGCGCUGUGAUUGGCCGAAGCCGCUGGCCAAUCAGGGUCCGCGCUGGUGCUUGGUGCCCGCUGGAGCGUGCACCGUGCGCUGUGAUUGGCCGAUGCGGCCGGCCAAUCAGCAUCUGCGCUGGUGUCAGGCACCUGCUGGUGCGGGCGCCGUGCGCUCUGAACGGUGGAUGCAGUAUGCCGUCGGAUGGCCGGUAACCAUGCAUCAGGGAUCUCAAUGCCGCUGUCCCUAUUGAUAUUGCUCGGGUGCAAACGGAUCUGAAUCGCUUCCUUAACGCGCCGCGUAUACCAAUGCUUAUCAUAAGCAACGCAGCUGACCUCAUCCCAGUUAGGGACAAAGUAGACUUUGACAAAGUAGACUUUGUCAGAUAAAAUAUACUGAUGAAAUACUGUAUGCUGUAACUCUUCCAACGCAAGGAUGAUCUGACAAAUUCUGUUACAGUUUCCAAUGGUAAAAAGAUUUCAGUGUAUGACACGUGUUUGUCCCUUCAGAAAAUUGAUGCUGCAGGUGGGUGUUUCAUAAAUCUGUUUGUAGGUUACAAGCGACUUUACAAAGGACUGGUGACCAUUUCUUAGGAACUAAAUCAAUACCAAUGGAAAUCUGGUGUGUAUCACUUACCACAAGAAAUAAUCACCAGUCGAUCUUAAAGCUGCUUGUAUAAACUUACAUAUAGCUUUAGGAAACGCCCACCUAGUCCCUGUUGCAUAAAAGUUACUAUUAUGGGAACUUCGCCAUGCAAUGGUAACCUGCAUGGAAUCCUUGAUUUUGAUUGGCUGUUGAUCAUCGUUACCAUGGUAGUUACAAUUGGGUGGCAAAGUUACCAGAAUAGUAACUAUUAUGCAACAGAGCCCUGGUAAAGAUACAGAAAGACAAUGUGCUGAAGAAGGGAGUGUUUCAUGAAGCAAAAAGUCAGUGGUUUCACUGAUUUGCACUGACCAAUUUGUUCUGAGCCAAUCAGAUGUAAGGAUUUCAGUAGCUCAUAGCUAGCAAUUCAUAGUGGAAAUUGCUAUUAGCUUCAUGAAAUGGCUCCCAGGUUAGAGGGGACCAUUAUUUUUGUUAUCCCAUCAACAAAUUGAUUUUAUCAAUAUACUUGGACAAUCUGAUGAAUAGCUUGAAAUAAAUUCCAGUUUAUAGAAGAGUUUACCAUAUUACAUGUAUUUAGUCUGUUCAAUUAAUGGAUAAUACAUCGAGUGCAAAGUUGACGUAGGCCCCAAAACAUUGGUUUGUGAUUGAUCGUAUGUUGACAAUUAAGAUGAAUUGACUUCUUUAAAUGAUCAACCAUUAAAAUUGUCAAUCGCUGACCUGAAUGUAGUUGGGCCUAGAGAAAUUGCUUCAUAAAUUAUAAUGUACAAAAUAUUCCAGUGUACAUAAGAACUCAAUGUACAUAAGAAAUAAGUGUACAUAUGUACAUUAAUACUCAGUGUACAUAAGAGCUCAGUCUCAGUGUACAUAAGAACUUGGUGUACAUAAGAACUUGGUGUACAUAAGAACUCGGUGUACAUAAGAAAUCAACAUACACACCAACUAAGUGUACAUAGAAACUUGGUGUUAAGAACUCUGUGUACAAAAAUACUUAUUGUACAUAAGAGCUUAGUCUCAGUGUACAUCCAUGUCAGAAAUCAGCAUGCCCGGUACAUACCAAUUAAGUGUAUAUAAAAAUUUGAUGUACAUAAGAACUCAAUGUAAGAGAACAUGGUGUAUAUAUGAGAGAUGACGAGUCAACUCGGUCCUUUCUAGAAACAGAUGAACAUGUCCUAUAUGGUUUAGUUAAAUAAAGACGAUUGUACGAACAAGAUACAGAUGUACAGUUCAUGAUCAUCUAUUCAGAAAGAGAUUAAUGUUCAAAAGCUUUGCAUCCCUAUGCUGAACAGUUAGUGUGGAAUGUAAUCUGAUAAAUUGAUGCCCCACACUUGUAAUCAUUCAGAAAUUGUAUGUUUUUGUGUUCCUGAUAAUAAAAUGCUUUACAAUCC